CACCAUCUUUUGGACUUGGCUCGGAGCCUGCCUCGAUGCUACUUUUGCUGCCUGAGAUGAAGCAGGCUCAGCUUCCAUACAACUCCCGGCAGCAAAAGGGCAAGAAUACACACAACUAUUGUUUGUACCUCUCCAUCUUCCUCCAAUUCCCUCUUCUGCUGUUGGCUCAUUCUCCAUCAUUGGUUUCUACAACUUUCUUUUUUCCUUCUCUUUCUGAUUGGUCUUUGGAUAUGUCAAUAAAUAGUUACAACCAACUAUAUUCACAACUUAACUACUCUUUUUGUUUCCGUCCCAUCUUCAAUGAUGUCUCCAUUUUUUCAACUUUCUCCAAUAACAUUUAGCUACCUCGUAUUUAAUUGCUCAACUUAUUUUAACCCAUUUUUAUUAUCUUUCCUAAAAUUAUGAAAUUUGGCUGUACUCUUUGAACCUUUUUGUCUUCAUUUUAAUCUUAAAAUGUUUUCAAAAACAAAUAUCUUAUUCAUCUUUUUCUUUUCUUAGCUCUCAUUUCCAAAUCUCCAGUUUCUAUAUAAAACCAAUUCCAAUCAAACCAAAAACCUCCAAUCAAUAUCUAAAUAAUUAUUCUUACCAAUAGUUGUGUUCAUAAAUUAUUUAAUCAAUAUUAUUUUAUCUUGUUUUAUCACAAUUUUAUUUCUUAACUUGUUUCAUUUUUUUUUUUUUUUCUUUCG